AAUUAUUUCAAUCAUCAACGUCCUAAGAUCAGCUCAAUAGCAAUGGACUGGGACCUCAUUGCAGUGGUAUUGAUGUUAGCAUGUCUAAUUGAUCAAACACUUCCUUUUGAUCUUCACAAGCCCGCCUCUCAUUAUUUUCUCAGGUAUUUGCUGUUGUUGGUGUUUGACUGUGUCUUGUACCAUGCUAUGAAAUAUUUUGAUAUCAAAAAAGCAUUUCUAGAAGCACUUAAAUCAAUUGGUUUGAAUGCUGCCAAAUCUCAAGCUUUUUCUUUACUUUCCUCUUCAAUGCGUGAUUAUGUUUCCGAGACAACUUCAUCCCUUUCUGUAUUAUCCAAUUUCCAAAUAUUUAGGCCUGAAACCGAUGAGGAGUGUUUUAAAAACGUUGGAAAAUAUGAUUUAUAUAAAGGCUUUACUUCUUUUGAAAAGAAAAUGUGGAACGCUCUUGACGAUAAACCCAUCUUAAUUGACAUAGAUAAUCAAUCUUUAAUUCAAAAAAUCAAAUUGGACACAAAUUAUAAUAUAAAUUCCGAUCAAAGAUCUAUUUAUCUUGAAAAAAAAUUAAAAAAUUUGGCUCUUCCAUCCAAUAAAACCAUUGGUUUUCACAAAAUGAUGACUCGAUGCGACUCACUUUUAAAUUUUCAUUCAAAAUUUUGUAAUUAUAAUGGCGAUUACAUCUUAUCAACUUUAUCUUAUUAUUCAACAAUGUCUGGAUUUUACUAUCUAGAUUACAAUUAUGGCGAUUUCAUUACUCCCUUAAUCAUUACUGAAUUAUACAAAUCUAAAAAAUUUGCUCGUUAUCAUUCUUAUAGACUUAUCACCAACGUUAUUCAAGAAAUCUUUACUGAAUGUAUGACAAUGACUGAAGAAGACGAUAAAACCACGUUCAAGUUUAAUUUGGACAAUUUUAAUCCAAAUAAUAAUAAUAAUAAUAAUAGUCAGAAUAAAAAAUACAUCAUUAAUGUUACUAUUAAUUUAACUUUUCAAAAGAUUGAUUUUGAUUCCCCACAAAAUUAUCCCAAUUGUAUUCAACUCGUUAAUGAUGAUAAAGAUGAAGAUAUCAACGAUCAUAAUAAAAAUAGUAUUGAUCAGAAGGAAAGUAUCAAAAAUUACGCUUCUAAACUUGCUGAAAAUAAUAAUCCGGUUUUUGACUUUCUCAUUGCCACACCCGUUGAUUUAAACAAAAUUAAAAAUAAAAUUACAAUCAAUUAUUCAGUGAAUGGCUUGAAAUCUUUUAAUGACGUGAUUAAAAAUUCCUUUCCAAUAAUCCAAUCAAAUAUUUUAAACAAAAUUGAUACCACUAUGUUAAUUGAUCCCAGAAUAUUUCAAUCAAAACCAAAAGCAGACUGUUUUUCUCUUUAUAAAUCUGCUAGCAAUAUUGAACCUUUUAAAAUGUUAUCUUAUUUUACUUUAAGAAAAAAAUUAGAUCUUAAAACUAAUGUGUAUAAAGUAAUUUGCGACAAUUAUCAAUCAAUAUUUAAUCUAUCAAAACCAAUUAUAACUCACGAAAAAAAUCAAGACCUUAUUCCAAUUAACUCAAUGGAUUGUUGGUUCGAUUUGAAAGUAUACUAUAACAUUUCUCAAAAUAUUCAAAUUAAUCCUCUUUUUUACAAAAAUUAUAAAUCAAUUCUCAAUUAUAUUUCUCUAUUCACUGAACACAUUAAAAAUAACUAUCAAAAGUUUAACAAUUAUGAAUUAGAUUUGAUUCAUGAAGAUUUAGGAGGCUAUUCAUGGUUAAGUUGUUUUUCAAAACACUAUUUUAAACCCCACUUGUUCCUUUGCAAACAUAAAAUUCCAAAAUCUCAAUUAUAUCAACUCAUUUUAGGUAUGACUUCAAGGCUCAAUCUGAAAGAUACGAAAGAACUUUGUAAUAGAAAUGUUUACAUCGUUGAUAAUCGCAUUAUUUAUAAUCUCAGAUCUUCUUCAGAUGUUUUGUGUGUUCCUGUUUUGGAAAACGAUGGAUUAAUUGGAUGAGAAUAAUUUUAAUUCUUUGAUUUUUUUUU